GAAAAAACCCUGCAAGUACUUUGAACAAGGGAAAGGAACUUGCCCGUUUGGAGGAAAGUGUCUUUACCUUCAUGCUUAUCCAGAUGGGACACGAGCUGAACCUGAAAAACCACGGAAACAGCUCAGCUCUGAGGGGACUGUGCGGUUCUUCAAUUCUGUUCGUCUGUGGGACUUUAUUGAAGACAGAGAAAGUAGGACUGUGGCCAGCACAGACGAUGAAGUAACAGAACUUGGAGAACUUUUCAUGCACCUUUCCGGGGCUGAUGAGGAUUCUGCUACUUCUCAAUAAAGAGAAUUAAAGGUGCUGUCUUCUAUAGCAAUCUAGCUAUUUAUUUAGCGAUGCUUUAACUUUCUACAGCACUGUUAGAAUGAAUGUGCCCUGUGGUUUACUUGUGCAGUCCUGGUAAAGUUUUCAGAUAGUUUUUGUAUGGCAACAAAAAUACUAAAAUAUAUUUAAAAAGUUAAAUUGAUUGCAUGGAAAAAAAAUCCCUUAAUCCCAAGAGGAUUUUCUCCCUCUUUGGCCUAAUAUAUGCUGUCUUGUGAGCUGAGUCGUAGUGUAAAUACAGCUCCUCUCCUACACUUUAAAGCUUAAGCUGUUAAAAACUUCCGAAAUCUAUUUUGGGUGCUCCCCCCCCCCCCCGCUAAAUCAACUAAAUG